AUGGAUCCAAUGAUGAGAACAAUCUCGUUCGUUAUAACAUCGCCUAAUUACUACUGCGAUGGAUACGAACGGCAUGAGACUCGCUUGCAAUCGGGAAUGUUGUGCGCUGGUGUGGCCCGGGAGGAGAAUGCAGUGGCGCCUUGUCUGGCCGUGCCGGGCGCAGCGCUAGUGGCCCACGCUCGUCUGGUGGGCCUCCAAUCUUGGGGCUUCGGAUGCGGCUAUCGCAAUGACUUGCCUCUAGUUUACACGGACCUUAGGCAUUACCAACCGGUGAACAGUGAUGAUAAUUUAAAAGAUAGACUUGAUAUUAGUGAAGAUGAUGAAAGUGAGGAAGAUGAGACGGAUAAUGGAAAA